AACAGCCCACUGAGUCCAACCACUGUACCAAGUCCUGUAAAAACAUGAAAGUAAAAAGGGCCCACUGAUUACCUUAACAUCUGAGAGGGAAAAAAAGAUGUAUUUCAUUUAAGAUAGAUCCUGUGUUAUUGCUCAGAUCCUUUUAAAAUAUAUCAGUAUAGAAGAGAUGCAGGACAAAUGGAGAAGUGAAAUAAAAACUUGGAGCACCUGAAAAGCAGUGGCAAAGGAAGCAAUCACUGCAUGAAGACUGCCUGUGUAGCUGAACUGAUGAAUAUACCCUGGACAAGUUAACUUGGAGGUGCCUGUUUUGGUUAGAUGUGUGCUUGAAUAUUGUCGAGACGAUCAGAACUCAUAGGCUACUAGAGAAACUUUCCCAUGGUGUUCUGCUUUUGCACCCAACUUUGCUGAUAGUAACCUAUGAUACAAUUUAGUAAAGCAUAUCAGUGAAAAAAUAAUGUCAUGUGCCAUCAUAUUACUAAUCUAUUUAAUUUUCAACUUUUUUCCCCCUCUUCCCCCCAUUUGUUCUGUAGAAACAAAGGAAGAAUGAAGUCAACAAAGGUUCAUGAAUCAUCAUUUUUGGAAUCUCAUGAUCACGUUCUUUUGGAUAUUCCCAUCACUAGAGAGCAGAUGAAUCACUAUCGAGCUGCAGCUGAAACUGCUCAAAGUGAACUCGCAGCACUUUCAGUGAAGUAUGACUGUGCCCAGUCAGAGCUGCUUAAACUCAGAUCGAGCAUGAUCUCUAAAGAAGCUUCUUUUCAAGAGCUGAAGGCUGAAGCUGAAAGCUAUAAGGAAAACAAUGCCAGACUGAUGUCUCGCCUCCUGUCUUUGCAAAGACAAAUCCAGGAGAUAGAAGAAGAGCUGUGUGUGCUUGCUGCUUCUAAAAACCAGGCUGAGCUGACAGCUCAGGUGGCAUAUAAGGAAAAUUUGGAGCUGAAGGAGGAGCUUCAUGAGAAAAGUGCCAGACUUAAUAAAUAUUUGAAUGAAUAUGAAGAAAACAUGACUCAAGCUUCUAAAAUCAGCAAAAACUAUGAAGAGCUCCUUACACAUCUUUCUGGAUUCUUGGACGUAGACAUCAGAGAAAAAGAGAAACCACAAGAACAUUUACCAUCAAAGGUCUCUGAAAUAUGCAAAGAAAAUGUGACACUAAAAGACCAGAUUGCUGCUCUUCAAGAAGCUGUGAAUGUCCAUGAGAUGGAGUCUAAAGCUAACAGAGAAACUAUCAUGAGACUAGUUUCAGAAGUGGCCAAGGAGCAAAAAAAGGCAGCAGGAUAUUACCAAGACAUGGAUAAACUUAGCAAGGAUCUUGACAGUGCUAUAAUAAAGAGGCAGAGUUUAGAGAUGGAAAUCAGAACCCUCCAAGAGAGACUGACUCUUAACCAGAAAGCUUUGGACAUCUCAAAGCAAGAGCUGCACAAUCUGAAGAAAUCUUCCAGUGAGUUAGAUGCAAACUUGAAGAGUAGCAGAGAAGAGGCCAGGGCUGCUCAGAGCUCUUUAGAAGCUUUUAAAGAAGAAAUUGCUACCCUGCUCAGCUGUAGAUCUGCAAUAGGUAAACCUUCUGAGAAGGCCAUUUUGGAGAGGAUCCAAGAAAUAAAUUGCAAAGAGGAGAAUAAAGAAAUAAUGGUAUCUCAGCUUGAAACACAAAUAGCUAAAUUGACUAAAGCUUUGGAAAACCAGACCAGAUUGUACCAUGAAGCCCUAGACAGGAGCAGGAAAGCUGAAAAAUGUUCUGAGAAUUUCCAUGAUCAACUGAAGCACUUGGAAGAGGAAAUAUUAACUGGAGACCUGAUGCAGGAUGGUUUGAAGCUUGAGAAACAAAAAUAUCUGAAAUUUCUGGAGCAGCUUAAUGAGAAGAUGAAGCUGGAUAGUCUAGCAGCAGAAGUUGGAUUUGAUAUGACUAUGGAUGUGAUUCUGGCCCGGGUAGAGCAGUUGGUGAAACUGGAAGGGGAUGCAGUGGUUGAGAACAAGACUGUGGCAUACAGACUCAGAAGGAAGUUGAAAGCUCAGAAAGAAAAGCUUGAAAGCAAAGAGCUACACAUGAACCUUCUGCGUCAGAAAAUAACCCAGCUGGAAGAAGAGAAGCAAGUAAGGGCUGCCUUAGCUGUGGAAAGGGAUGAGGCCAAUCUCACUGUCAGAAAGUUACAUAAGAUGAUAGAAAGGCUACAGAAGCAGCUUGAUCUGGCAAGGGAAACAAAUACUGAUCUCAAAGCCAAGCUGUCUGAAACCAGUGAACUGAAGAUCAAAACUUUGGAGCAGAACAGAAUAAUAGAGGAACUCAGUAAAUCUCAAGACAAAUUGGAAAGAAUGAAAGCAAAAGCUGAGAAACAACUUAGAUCUGCCAAAUCAGAACUUCUUUUAAAAGAGCGUAAAGCUACUGAAGAUAAAGAAAAAACCAAAAAUAUGUUAGAAGAAGUCACCAGUGAAAUGAAGGUGCUUAAAACAACCCUUGCAGAACUAGCAAAAAGAGAGAGACAGCUGGCAGAUUUCCGAGAGGUGGUCUCGCGGAUGCUGGGCCUCGACAUUGCCAGCCUGGCUCUUCCUGACUAUGAAAUCAUUACACGCCUUGAGGGGCUGAUUCACUCCCACCAGCACCACUUCUUCCCCUGUGUCUGCCUCAAAGACAUGGCAAGGACCCCGGAGGAGCAGUAAAGAAACAUCCAGCUUCUUGACUGGAACAAAGUUAAAUUUCCUGUUUGCUUCCUUACCUGCUGGAUCUCCACAGAAAACAGGUCCCUAUUUUUCUUCCCUAUUCUAGAGACACCAACCAGGGCCGACUUUUAGAACUUCAGCAGAGAGACUGACUGGGUAGAGUCAAGCCAACAGCCUGGAGAUGGCAAACAGAAAAUCCCUGGGCAGCUUAAUACUUCAGUUAGGAAUAUGAUAGGCAAGAUAUCAACAAUACCCUCAAGUUUCAGUGCAGAGGUGUUGAAGUCCUUGGUCACCCCAGGUCAGCUCACAGUUUUGAGAAGUUACUGUCUGUCUGCUUCAGUGGCAUUCCUUGUGUUUUUCCUGUAGGUGACAAGGAUGAAAUUAAGCAGGGGUUGUUUUGCUGCUGUUUUUUUUGGCACCUGGGGCAUCUCUGGAUUUUUACGCAUAACAGCUUUAUCUUCAAGACAAUGGUCUGCAAGUUAGAGGAUUAUCUCAAUUUUGGAACAAGAGAUAUAUUUUUUCCCUUCUGUUGGUUUCUUCUGUCUGCUCGUAUGGCAAAACAAAAAAUUUCAUUUUUGCAGCAAAGGCUUUCUCUGAGUCUCAUCGUGUGCCUCAUAUAAAUAUAUUUGGUAAGACUGAGUGUUGGCCUUGGUCAUGAUGUCUUGAAAAGUUUGCUUCCAGCUGCUGUAUUCCUUGGGCAAUUAACCCACAGUGGCAAUUCUUCUGAAUUAAUGAAAAAUUCUUUUAGAAUUCUUGUUCACUACAGAAAAUAGCUGAAUUACUAAAGUGUUUAUUUUCAGAGAAGUGGUGAUGAGGUGUACAAAACUACCUCUUAGUAGUAAAAACUGCUUUCUGAGUGUUGUUAAAUGUCAUGAUUUUUUAAAAAGAAAUAUAGACAAUAAAUCUGUUUUAAUAGCA